CGCGGAAUGCCGACUCGGGGGAGGCCUGGGCUGGAGCGGCGGCCGCGGGGUUCUACGCAGCCAGGACUAGCUGUCGCCUCCCACGUCUUUGCCCUGACUCACUUUCCCUUGGUGCGCAGUGAGGCUCACUGCAACUGAUAAACAACAGUUACCGCUCAUCGGGCUGCGACUUCCAGGGGGCCCCGCCGCUGGCCGCGACUUCGUGCAUCCCAACUUUAAAUUCGCCAACAGCCCAGGAGGCAGGGUCCUGUUGGGACUUGUCUUUUAGAGUCCAGGGACAGACACACCCCCGGAGCGGGCUCCGGCUUCAGCCACGCUGCUGCCCUGGCCAGAUGACCUUGCGCUAGUCACUGCGCCUCUCUGAACUUGUUUCCCCAGGUGUAAAUGAGGCACUCUCAGCUGUCUCUUACAAAGGAUACUGUGCGUGGAAUCCUGUCAUGGUUCCUGGCACAUAGGCCCCAGCACGAGGAGACCGUUUCCGUUACUGCUUUAGGAGUGCAUAGGGGAGUCAGGCUUGUAACCAACAUGCGUAGUGUUUUUGUUUUGUUUUGGGGGUUUUUUUGGCGGGGAAGGAGGGGUAGAUGCAUAGUUUGCAGCCCCUUGCUGUCUGGUGACGCAAAGUCCCCCAGACGUGAGACUCCCACUCUAGAAACAACUAAAGAAUGCCAUAAAUCAACGUGGCACAAAAAGUCCCUCCGUUAGAUACUAUCCUAUAGGGGCCUUUACUUGGAGUCAAAAUCCUUAGUCAGAUGGGGAGGAAAAGGGGACUGGAAGAUCGGGGUGCUUACUACUAACCAGUAACCACAUUAAGGCCUUCUGUGUGCCAGUUCGAAUGGAUGUUGAUUCUGAUCUGGCCUCUGCCCUUUCUCCAAGGGCUUCUUCACUCCUCCCCCUCCCGGGGGUGUGUUUUGCUGAGGGUAUACCGCGAGGAAACUUGGACUAGCAGCCUUUCAGCAGCCAGGGUGCGCUGCUGCACCAGGGUGAUGACAGGCUCUGAAAUACGGUAUCGCUAAUCUGUGAAGUAGUUGUAGAGGAGACACAAAAGGAAUUGGGGGUCACAAAUGGUUCUCACUGACAUGAGUGUAGACCUUUCUACUCAGGUUGUUGAUCAUUAUGAAAAUCCUAGAAACGUGGGGUCCCUUGACAAGACAUCUAAAAAUGUUGGAACUGGACUGGUGGGGGCUCCAGCAUGUGGUGACGUAAUGAAAUUACAGAUUCAAGUGGAUGAAAAGGGGAAAAUUGUGGAUGCUAGGUUUAAAACAUUUGGCUGUGGUUCUGCAAUUGCCUCCAGCUCAUUAGCCACUGAAUGGGUGAAAGGAAAGACGGUGGAGGAAGCCUUGACUAUCAAAAACACAGAUAUCGCCAAGGAGCUCUGCCUGCCUCCCGUGAAACUACACUGCUCCAUGCUGGCUGAAGAUGCAAUCAAGGCCGCCCUGGCUGAUUACAAAUUGAAACAAGAACCCAAAAAAGGAGAAGCAGAGAAGAAAUGAGCCCUCCCUCGGCGAAGCCUCCAGCAGGCCACACCCCUGUUUCCCACCUGCCGUGCAAUCACCUUAGAUGUUCAGAAGCCGCUCCCUCUCCACUGAAGAGCUAUGAGAUACGCACAAUACUUGCUGUUCACAUUAUGACUCUCAUGCAAGCAAAAUACACAGUUUCAUUGUUGAAUCCCGUGGUUUCUUUCAGUCCACUUUUAUCGCCUUAACCUAGUUAAUGUAUAUUUUGAAUUGUGUGUAUGACCUCAGAACUGAAAUUGAUAAGUCGCAAAUGUUGAUAGCCCAUGAAGUGCGUAAGUAUCUAAUUUUACCUGAAUUGAUUUGGAGGGAAAUUACCAGUAGAAUGCCUUUGUCUGAAUAUUUGAUAGAACUAAUUGUUGUACAUAAAAUAGAUCUGCAUAUAUAUAUAUAAAAAAAAUAAUAAAACAAUGGAAGAU